AUGGGAGGACAUGGACAUGGCCCUGGGCCUUUGAAAAUAGAUAAUGCAUUCGAGCAAUACAACAAAUUUUAUGGAACUGCACAAUAUCGUUUCAAAUUCACAGCUAAAAAUAUACCUUCUGUGUUAUUAUUGGGUCUUGUUGUUCCUGUUGGACUUUGUUAUUUGGGUUAUCAAUCACAGGGUUGGGUUGAAAGACAACCAAAAAGAAGAACCACCCAGAUUCAUGAAAGAGAUUUUAAACUCGAAUGA